UUAUUUAAGUUCUCUCUCAACUCCACCAUCUUCACCAUUUUUCUCACUUUUUUGCCCUUUUGGUUUCACCCUCACUGACCAAUGGGACAAAAAUCGAGAAACAACCGUCUCUUUCACUCCUCCAUUAUUCUUCUCCUAGUUUCUCUCUCCGCCGCUUUAUCCUCUCCUUUCCAGCUCCAAACCCUACUCCCUCGCCCUCUCCCUUCAGCACCCACCCUCUCAUGGCACGACUCCGAACCCGAAUCUAAUUCCCUUGAAGAAACCUCCCAGCUCGACCCUCUUAGUUCCAACACCACAUUGGAAGUGCAGCUGGAAUUGCACCAUGUAGACGCUUUAUCUUCGGAAGAUACUCCGGAGCUACUCUUCGACUUACGACUCCAACGGGACGCGCUGCGGUCUGGAACUAUAUACUCUCUUGUCUCCAAAGCUGUUGCGCGGAACCCACCACGCGCCGCCGGUAGGCGUUCUGGGUUCAGUAGUUCUAUUAUUUCUGGACUCGCUCAAGGUAGUGGAGAGUACUUCACGCGCCUAGGUGUGGGUACUCCUGCGAGGAAUCUUUAUAUGGUGCUUGACACUGGUAGCGACGUGGUUUGGGUCCAGUGUUCACCUUGCAAGAGUUGCUACUCUCAAUCUGACCCAAUUUUUGACCCGACUAAAUCAGCUUCUUUCUCAGGUAUUCCUUGUAGAUCCCCACUUUGCCGUAGCUUAGAUUCAUCGGGAUGUAAUCAACGCCGGAUGUGUCUUUAUCAAGUAUCCUACGGCGACGGUUCUGUUACUUUCGGCGACUUCUCCACUGAAACACUGACGUUUAGAAGAACCUCGGUGGGACGCGUGGCACUCGGUUGCGGUCACGACAAUGAAGGCUUGUUUGUUGGUGCGGCAGGUUUAUUAGGUCUUGGUAGAGGGAUAUUAUCGUUCCCCUCCCAAACUGGUAGCCGGUUCAACCGGAAGUUCUCUUACUGUUUGGUCGACCGAUCGGCUUCGUCUAAACCAUCCUCCCUGGUUUUCGGUGAUGCCGCCAUUCCUCGAGGUGCUCUGUUCACUCCCUUAUUAACAAACCCAAAGCUCGACACUUUCUACUACAUUGAACUGCUCGGGAUCAGCGUCGGUGGUACACGUGUCCCCAAGAUCUCACCUUCCUUGUUCAAAAUGGAUCAAGACGGUAACGGAGGGGUCAUUAUCGACUCAGGCACGUCCGUAACUCGCUUGACUCAACCCGCUUACACGGCAACGAGGGAUGCAUUCCGUCUCGGAGCUACACAUCUGAAGCGGGCGCCUGAUUUCUCUUUAUUUGACACGUGCUUUGACUUGUCAGGGCAGACUUCCGUUAAGGUACCGACGCUGGUGUUGCAUUUUAGAGGAGCUGACUUGUCACUGCCGGCGACCAACUAUUUGAUCCCGGUAGAUAGCAGCGGGACCUUUUGCUUUGCUUUCGCGGGUACAAUGAACGGGUUGUCCAUCAUUGGAAAUAUCCAGCAACAAGGUUUCCGGGUUGCAUAUGAUUUAGCGGGUUCUCGUGUCGGGUUUUCUCCCCGUGGAUGCGCCUAAAAAUGGCGGUGCUUUUAAUUUUUAUAUUAAGGGACAAAGCUCUAUCCCUAUCUCUAUAUUAUUUUCCUUGGAUAUUUUUGGGGGAGGGUAAGAAAGGAAGAAACAUAAUGUUUUCAUAGAUAAGAAUGUAAGGGAAAGAUGGUGACCAGGAAAGGCGGGUUGCUGGUUAGAAGUAGAGAAUGUCGUUCGGCGGGUUUUCGGUUUUCACGUGUUGUCCGUUGUACUUUUGAAACAAAAGAAAUGGCAUGUCCAAGAAAGUUAUAUAUAUUUUUAAUUUAAUAAAAAAAGAUUAAUGGAAUCACCCUUAAAAUAA